AUGCCAGGCGCGCCACCCGCGUCGCUGCCCUGGCCCGCCCGGCCGCUGAGCGGAGCCUCUCGGACCGGUCACCGUCCUCUGAGCGACGCGCGCUGGCAGUGUCCCCUCCCUCGCGCCUCCCCUAGCCCGAGUGGCUGCCGCCUGCCUGCGCCUCGGGUCCUCAUUCCCCGGCUCAUGAAUAUUCGUACAGAGGCCAAUGCCGUGGAAGAAGUUGAGGUGACUUCAUCUGCCUAUAUUCUGGAUUCUGGAAGCAGAAACUGUGAGGACAGACAUGAGAAAAACUGUGGCACUUCCGGCCCCAUCCGGCCCAUCGUGCGCUGCCCCACGGUGCGGUAUCACACCAAAGUGCGAGCCGGCAGAGGCUUCAGCCUGGAAGAACUCAGGGUCGCCGGCAUCCACAAGAAGGUAGCUCGGACCAUUGGAAUCUCCGUGGACCCACGGAGGAGGAACAAGUCCACUGAGUCCUUGCAGGCCAACGUGCAGCGGCUGAAGGAGUAUCGCUCCAAGCUCAUCCUCUUCCCACGGAAGCCUUCCGCCCCCAAGAAGGGAGACAGUUCUGCUGAGGAACUCAAACUGGCCACUCAGCUGACGGGACCUGUCAUGCCUAUCCGGAAUGUCUACAAGAAGGAGAAAGCCCGGGUCAUUACACAGGAAGAGAAGGACUUCAAGGCCUUUGCUAGUCUCCGCAUGGCCUGUGCCCAUGCCCGGCUGUUUGGCAUCCGGGCCAAGAGGGCGAAGGAAGCCGCAGAACAGGAUGUAGAGAAGAAAAAGUAG